ACAUCACCCACUCAGCUAUAAAUUAAAGUUCAUCUAGCUCCAAAACUCCCCAACAACCAUUCUCAACUUCUUUUACUUUCAUUUUGUCAUAAGUCUCUCUAGCAAUCAGUAACUAACAUCAAGUUCCACAAUGAAAUCCUUAGCUUUCCUUCUCAGCGUUUCAGCCCUUGUUUCCGCCACUCUGGCCAGAAUCCACGUGGGGCCCUGUCCGGACAUCAGUGGGAAGAUAGUGAGUGUUCCCGACCUGUCCCCCUUCACUGGGAAGUGGUAUGAGAUCCAGAAGUUCAACAACUUCUUCGAGAGGGGACUGGAGUGCAACUACGCUGAGUACAGCCUCAGUUCCGAUGGAACCUACAUCAAUGUAAACAACACCGGCUACAAUGGCGAGUCAUACACCAGCCAAGUGGGAAAAGCCACCCAACCCACCCCUCCCCUCGGCGCCUUCAUCGUCACCUUUGGGGUCAACCCCAUCACCCCCUCAACCCCCAACUACAACCUCCUAGCUCUCGACACUUCCUCGUACGCUCUCAUCUACUCGUGUUUUGACGUGUUCAACAUCGGUGGCAUUGAGUACUCGUGGAUUUUGAGCCGUGAACCAACUAUCUCGGCUAGUGUGCUCGAGUCUUUGACUGGAAACUUGACUGCUCUUGGCGUUGACGUCAGCAACUUUGUCCUGACUGAUCAGACCAAUUGCCCAUAGAGAGACAAAUAGAAUUAUUUGCGAACUCUUUCUUUAAUAAGUUGUAGUCAAAUUAUUCAAGUUUCCGAUAAAAAAUUAGUUUUGUGAUAGAAAUUCGAACAUUCUAGAGUA